CAGUGUUUGUAUUCUCUACAAUUUCCACAGAUUAUAUCACACAAAAUGUUCCGGUCUCUUAUUGGAUAAACUAUUGCAUCAAAUGGAAUAUUUUCGAAAAUCGUAUUAGAAUACUAUGGCUGAUAACAAAUAUCUUGGUAAAACAGCCCCAGAUCUGGGUUGGUCUAAUGUCUACGACAGUGCUGGUGACGGGAAAACAUUUCAUUUGAACGAAAUUCCAAAGUGGAGGCUUGGAAAUAGUUACAGUGCAGGAUUUGAUUACAUUUCAAGUGCUGGAGAAAACAUAGCAGACAGUAAGCAUGGAAUAGGUGAAUCCAGAAAACCAACAGAAAGUUAUGACAAUAGAGGAUUUGUAAAAUCAACGAAGUCACUUUCAGCAACUCGUGAUACUAAAACUGCAGUAUCAAGUUCAACCAGGCUUGAUCAGUCUGCCGACUACACAGACGAUGAAUCGUCAAGUUCAAGUAAUAAUGGUAAUCGUCAGGAUGAACAGAUGCUAACAUGGAGGAAAAUGUUACUAGACCCUUUAACGGCUGGUCAGUUUCUUUCAAGACAAUGGCCAAGGAUAUCUCUACGCGCUUCAUAUACACGAAAGGAACCAUACGUUGCUCCGGAUGAAGAAGAUGCAGAUUUGGAUCUUGAAAAGGAGGAGAACGAUACCAAAAGACGGAGAAAGUGUACAAUAUAUGCGAUUAUAUCUGGAAUCUUGCUAAUAGUAAUUGCUAUAAUACCAGUCAUUGUGAUUACAAAUUUGCAGAAAGAACAGGAUUCUUCAAAACUUUAUGUCAGAGUUAAUAUGACAGUUGAAGUCGACAGGACGUUUACUCAGACAUUGACGAAUUCUCGAUCUCAAGAUUACAAAUCAUUCACAGACGAGUUCUGCUAUGAGAUAGGCAAUGUUUACAACAACAAUUCUUUACAAGGCUACCAUGGAUGUAAGGUCUCAGGUCUUAAAAGCGGAAGUAUUUCCGUUAAUUACAUCAUUUAUUUUACUGGUACUCCCCUAACGGAUGUUGAAAGCGAGGCGGAGAUGAUUCUAAAUGAUUAUUUGAAUGUGUCGUCAUCGCAGUUGGGACCCUUAGUAAUAAAACCACCAAUAGUUGUAUAUUCCGUUUCAGUGGAAAUCUUAACAGCCCCACCUACAGUGCAAGGAGUAACUGCCCCCAAUUCUGUAUCAUCGCUAGAACUAAGCUUAAUUGAAACUUCAGGAAUUAUAUCAACACUAGAGUCAACCUUUCUGCAGUCACAAAUAAUGCCGUCUUCAAAAACUGAUUAUUUACUCACGAUGGAAACAACAAUGCAGUUCACUGAAUCUUUACAAUCAGAACAACAAACAACUAAGAACAGUUUUUCUUCGCCAUCAGAGACAUCUAACUUCGCCGCCAUUUCUACAACUGUUCCUAUCGCUCAGACGGAAUCCGUGACGCUGAUUAAAUCAUAUAUGCAGACAUUGAUACUGUCAUCAGAACCUUCAAUGUCAAUCGAUAAGGAUCAAGUAUUGACGACGACGAGUGAGUAUUUAGAAUUGGAAUCAAACUCCUUUGAACUUUCGACUUCUAAUUCUUAUGGAUAUACUCCAACAGAUGCACUGUCUAAUGGAAUCUCUUUAAUUUUUGAUACAUCAGUAGAUAUCACAACAACGGUCGAAAUGACUAUGACUUCCUCCGGAUUAUCAGGGCAAACUGAUAAUAUGCAAACCUUUUCACCAACUGACCAAACAACGACCUUUGAAAGAACAGUAACAACAACAGAUGCUACUUUAUCAACUGCCGAUUUAACAAAUGAAACUACAGCAUCAACUAUUCUACUAACAGAUGAAUCAACAUUACCUAUAACAAAGACUGAGAUUACUCAGACAACAGAUGGGAAUAUAUUUGAAACGAAUACGACACCAGAAACAAACUCAUCGACAGACAAUACAACAACACCAUCAAUGACAAUAAACACUACGGAAAAAGAAACACCAAUAUCUCAAACUUAUCAAACAUCAGGACAAACAACAACGUAUUCCAUAAUAUCCACACCGAAAAAUGUAUCGACAUUGGAUAUUAUUUCAUCAACAGAAGAAAUGUCGUCUGAAUCAACAGAGACAACGUCAUUAACAUAUACUACAUCCCCGAAUACAUUAAUAUCAGAGGAUCUGAUAACCUUCGGAAGUAGGCCAACUGAAACCACUACAGAAAUAACUACAUCGUCGACUAUAGAAACAACAUCAGAAAUUACUACAUCUUCAACCAUAAAAACGACAUCUGAUAUUACUGAAUCAACGGGCAACGAGAAUACAACAAUGACUUCAAUGUCAACAGAAGGAAAAACUACAACUGCCAUAACAACGACCAGUACAACGACGGAAGGAAGUACAGCAGACAAAACGACAUCCAUGCCUACCGUCUUUUCCACCGAAAAGUUGACAAAAGAAGUAUCUUAUUCAUCUACUGUAACAGAAAAACCUACUAUGGAAACAACUGAUUUGUCAUCAACUGAACAAACAAGUUCAAGUACAGAAAGUCAAUCUUUCGUCUUUUCUUGCACCAAUAUAACAGCAAAUCUUUACUCGGGACCAGAGAUAAUGACAUGCACCAUUGGCAAUGCAUACCAAUACAAUCAGAUUGGAAUCAAACUAGGAGAUAUCAGCUCUUCUUUAUUCAUAAUGAGGAUAUUUAUAAACGGAUCAACAGAUGAUGAUGUACUUGGUCAUCCAGAUAUCACCGUUUAUUUCGAUAACAGCACAUCACUAACAUUUACGUUCAGAAAUAUUACAGAUGAAGUAUUAGGAACCUACGAUAUAAUACUCGUAAACAGCUCAGGUGUUGAAAUUGCUAAAACGCAAGGGUUUUUGUCUGCAUCAGCACAUGUUUCAGGUAUAUUUUGCGACAACGAACUAAAAGCAACACUGUGUUCCAGCUCUGAAGUAGUAAUGCGUUGUAAAUUUAAGGCACCGGAGCAAACUGAUAAUAUGUUGAUAGGAAUUUAUCACGGUGAUGGGUUAAAUGAUACAGUCUUUGGAAUACUUUUAUAUCUGAAUGGAACAGUACACACAGCAAAUGCCUCAAAUGAAGACAUUGAUGUUGCAAUAUUAAACGAAACAGAUAUAGUAAUAACAUUAAAAGAAGUUUCAGCAUUAAUGGGUGGAUAUUACCAUGUUUCUUUCAUUGAAAUAAAUUCAAUUACCGGUGAAUUGGACCAGCUUAGGACAGACAAAACAUAUUUAAGCGUAACACGUCCACCAGACAACCCUACAUUAACAUUAGAUCCCGACCAAGUUAUUGGUCUUGAAUUUGUCGACGGUAAUUUUUACAGAGCAGGGUUCACACAUAUAUGCGAAGGAAAUGUUGGACAUCCACCUAAACACUGGGUUAUAGAUAUUAUGUAUUCUACUAAAACGGAAUUCACAAAUAUACCUGAUGGGAACAUCAAGAUUGUAUCUUCAAUUAAUAAGUCAAUUGAAUGUGGCACAAUACAAAGGUUGGAGUUUGCUUUACUCUUUAACGAAGAAAUGGACGCAGGAAAACUUCGUUGCCGCAUUUCUGAAAGUGGUGAAAGUGCAUACCUUGGUGCUACUGUGAGUGACCAGCUUAUGUUGAUUCCUCGAAAUUAUUGUUCUUGUGCUGAGGUAAAAUUACAUUUGGAGCACCCCAAAAAAUGUGACGUUUACGUAGAGUGUGUAGAAGACGGACCAAAGAAGUAUGCUUUUGGCAAAGCUUGUGAAAAUGCUCAUUGUACAAAUAGUGAAACAGGAGCCUGUUCACAUAACUGCAGCUCAAAUUGUACCAAGGACACUUUAGAUUAUCUGGAUUUCUGUCCUACAAGCCUUCCGCCACUAAAACAAUCUACAAAUGUUUACUGCAAUGGAUCUUCUAUAUUAGAAAACACUGGACCAGCCAACAUCGUUUGUGAAUUAAAUGUGACAACUUAUGAUGUGAUUACUGUUACAUUUCGGGCUUCAAUUGAUAUCAGCGUUCUGGCUUACAUUAAUAGCGAAGGGAAUGAAUUCGAUUUAAAUGACACGGACGGAAUAUCAAUUUCUUUUGAAACAAACAUUCUUACCAUAUCUCUGCAAAAUGUCACGUGUUACCUGGUUGGGUUAUAUGGUGUAGAAGUGAAUGUCAGCAGUAACGUCACAGAACAAGCAGAAGGAGAGCUUACCAUGAUAAAAAAACCAAAUGGAAAUGCAGUAUUAAAACUUCAUCCGGAUCAAUUUGCUGAUCUUGAAACAGGCUAUAGGAGUUGGUUGCUUCAUAGUUGUAGGGCAGAUGUAGGAAGUCCAGCCGGUUCAAUGGAAAUUGAAAUUCUUAAACAAGGAGACCACCAGUUUAGAAAUUUGAAUGUCACUGUUCAUGCCCAAGAGGACGAGACAGUUUCAUGCUCAAUUGAACGAAAGACGGAUUUUGGGAUAUCCUUUACCUCCGAUAUGGACAAAGCUGUGAUUCGAUGUCGUAUAAAACAUGAAUUGUUUCCAGAUGACCCUGUGAUUUAUUCAAACAACGAAACUGUUUCACUACUUCAGAUUAAUUUCUGCGAAAAUAACACAGCUAACCGUACGUUCUUCCAGCACCCAUACAAUUGUAACUCAUUCAUACAAUGUGAAAAAAAUAUUACCUAUAGCAAAUCAUGCCAGCAACAGAAUCUUUGUUUUGGAACAGAAUCAACAAACGCUUGUGGUAACUGUGAUGAAGUUACUUGCAAAAACGCAGCAGAUAUAAUAACUACCAAGUCGCCAAUAGAACAGUCACAAUAUCUUUCCUGUAAUGAAUCUUAUGCUAUCGUCGAUACAGGACCUGUAGAUAUUGUUUGUGAAGUAAAUUCCACUUUCGACCUGAUUAAAGUUGAAAGGAAAAAUAAUUCUGAACAAAUACCAAUAGCAAAGAUUUAUAGUAAUCGUACGAUAGAGCAGGAUACGGAUUCUAAUAGAGAUAUCAGCAUGACUGAUAAUGUAAUAACUAUUAAAAUAAUGGUUGCGUCUUGUGGUUAUGGUGGUACUUAUAUAAUAACAGUAUAUAUUGGAGAAGUCCAAGAGCCUGCAGAAGGAAUUCUUCAGAUACUAACAAAACCAGAUAAGCCGUCUAUGACAGAACCAUUAAAUACAAUAGAAGAUGCGCUGUUUCAACUAACUUGCACCGGAAAUGUUGGAAGUCCAGCUGGUUCAAUUGAAUUUUUGGUCCGAAAAGAUGGAGAAGUUAAUUUUACAUUAUCUACCAAUGAAAUAGUUACAACUGAAAUAGCACAAAGCGAUUGCAGAAACAAUCUUCAAUUUCAAAUGAGCCAAAACCUAACUAGUGAUUGGAACAAAACUACCAUCAAAUGCAGAGCAUUAAACGACAAAACUGUUACCGAAGACGAUGAUAUAAAUUUGUACACGUCGGAUGAACACACGAUCAUUUUAAUUGAAGAAAACUAUUGUGCAUCUAACGAAACUUACAAGCUGCAUCCUCGUGGAUGUAAUUACUUUAUAGAGUGUGAUAAAAGCAGAAUUUUUACAAAACCGUGUAUAAAAAACUGUUUCAAUUUCAAUGUGACAAAACCAGAAUGUGUGGAUUGUUCGACAGUACCACCUCCUUGUUAUGAGCCUUUAAGUUAACUUUCAUUAGCUGUGCAUGUUAAUAUUUGUACAAAUUUAUCUGUCGUAGCAUUUGAUAUUAGACGAGAUUAUGUCCAAGACAAAAUUACUGUAAAUACCAUUUAUAGUAUUUAGUAUUUAUGUUAUAUUUGAUAUAUGCAUAUUUCAUAAAAAAGAAAUUUCAUGGUGUUGGGGAAAAUAAAGUAUGUAGAUAAACUCA